UGUGUGUGCGGGAGUGUGUGAGCACACGCCUUCAGGGGCUGGAGUGACACUGCAGCGGGCUUCUCCCUCGCGCCGGCCCUCCGGCUGCUCUGCCCCCAACCUGCCGGCACAGCACUUGCGAAGCAGCUUGGCUCUUUCAUCUUCCCGAGCCUCCCUCUCCAUCCACCCCUCGCCGGUCUUACUUUCCCUUUUACCCGAGGGGCUGCUGCCGGCCACCCCUCACCCGGUGCAAACACCCAAGCAGUCUCCAGUUCUCUCCUAAGCCAAACCUUUUCCACUUGUCUUUCUCUGGGGUUCCUCCACGACCCAGUCCAAGGCUCCCCCAUCCUUGGAAAUUGUUUUGUUGGACUGCUGUACCGAGGCGUAUAAAGCUUGAGGACUUUAUUAUUAUUUUGAUCCUUUUCAUUUCCUCCCCUUCUGGGCAACGGAGCAAUGAAAUUUCCAAUCGAGACUCCAAGAAAACAGGUGAACUGGGAUCCUAAAGUGGCCGUUCCUGCAGCAGCGCCCCCGGUGUGCCAGCCCAAGGGCGCUACUAACGGGCAUUACACGGCCCCACGCCUCUCCAUCUCCUCCCGAGCCACGGUGGUAGCCAGAAUGGAAGGUGCCUCCCAGGGGGGCCUGCAGACCGUCAUGAAGUGGAAAACAGUGGUUGCCAUCUUCGUGGUCGUGGUGGUCUACCUCGUCACGGGCGGUCUCGUCUUCCGGGCAUUGGAACAGCCCUUUGAGAGCAGCCAAAAGAACACUAUUGCCUUGGAGAAGGCAGAAUUCCUGCGGGAUCAUAUCUGUGUGAGCCCACAGGAGCUGGAGACAUUGAUUCAGCAUGCUCUUGACGCUGACAACGCAGGAGUAAGCCCCAUAGGAAACUCUUCUAACAACAGCAGUCACUGGGACCUCGGAAGUGCCUUUUUCUUUGCUGGAACUGUCAUCACCACCAUAGGGUAUGGGAAUAUUGCUCCAAGCACUGAAGGAGGCAAAAUCUUUUGCAUUUUAUAUGCCAUCUUUGGAAUUCCACUUUUUGGUUUCCUAUUGGCUGGAAUUGGAGACCAACUUGGAACCAUUUUUGGGACGAGCAUUGCAAGAGUGGAGAAGGUCUUUCGAAAAAAGCAAGUGAGUCAGACCAAGAUCCGGGUCAUCUCAACUAUCCUGUUCAUCUUGGCCGGCUGUGUUGUGUUUGUGACAAUCCCCGCUGUCAUUUUCAAAUACAUUGAGGGGUGGACGGCCCUGGAGUCCAUUUACUUUGUGGUGGUCACUCUCACCACGGUUGGCUUUGGUGAUUUUGUGGCAGGGGGAAAUGCUGGCAUCAAUUACCGGGAGUGGUAUCAGCCCCUAGUGUGGUUUUGGAUCCUUGUUGGCCUUGCCUACUUUGCAGCUGUCCUCAGUAUGAUCGGAGAUUGGCUACGGUUCGUCCAAAAAGACAAACGAAGAGGUGGGUGAAUCAAGGCGCACGCGGCCGAGUGGAAGGCCAACGUGACGGCGGAGUUCCGGGAGACGCGGCGGCGGCUGAGCGUGGAGAUCCACGACAAGCUGCAGCGGGCGGCCACCCUCCGCAGCAUGGAGCGCCGGCGCCUGGGCCUGGACCAGAGGGCACACUCGCUCGACAUGCUCUCCCCGGAGAAGCGCUCCGUGUUCGCCGCGCUGGACGCGGGCCGCUUCAAGGCCUCGUCCCAGGACAGCAUCAACAACCGGCCCAACAACCUGCGCCUGCAGGGCUCCGAGCAGCUCAGCAAACACGGGCAGGGCGCCUCCGAGGACAACAUCAUCAACAAGUUCGGGUCCACCUCCAGACUCACCAAGAGGAAGAACAAGGACAUCAGAAGGACCUUGCCCGAGGAUGUUCAGAAGAUCUACAGGACCUUCCGGAACUACUCCCUGGAUGAGGAGAAGAAAGAGGAGGAGGCGGAAAAGGUGUGCAACCCGGACCACUCCAGCACGGCCGUGCUGACGGACUGCAUCCAGCCGCAGGCCGAGAUGGAGAAUGGCGCGGUCCCCGCCGACACCAAAGACAGGGAGGGCGAGGACAACGCGUUACUUGAAGGCAGAAGCUAAACGGUAAGGACACUGGACUUGACCGAGCGUUGUGGGUUUUGUUUUUGUUGUCUUUUUUUUAAAUUCACCCUGAGACACGUGCCUUAAACAAGACUUCUCGUGAGUCGGAAAUUACAUAGCAUCGAAGAGUCUAUUUCACUGUGCCAUAAACGACUGAGAAAGCUUGCUCUGCCAAAAGGAAUCAAAGAACAAGGACUUCACUUUCCAUCACGACCGACCGCAGGACACCCAGGGAGCCUUCGCAGGCAUAGGAGGUCACGGCCGCAGAGGUCGAGGGCACGUCCAGGCGACGCUGUGCCCCAGUGAAGCGCCGCCCCGCUAUGGCGGGUAGAAAAGGGCAGCUAUUCCUUAGACCAGCCGUCUGAAAGGAACAGGUGUGUCUUUCAAAUGGAGUCAUUUCCUGAACCUACCGUUAGUGAUAUGUGCGCACACAGAAGGGGACUGGAUUGGGGGGUGAAGUGGUACUUGUAACUUGGGUUAGAGUGGACAUUUUGGAAUGUUGCUCUGAGCUCCAGUUUUGAUACAAACCGUUCAGUGCAUACCUAGCCUUUCUAAGCUCCAAAUGAAUGUCCUUGGGACCCGGGAGCACCUGGAAUUUGUUGGAAGCAGAUCAGAGCACACAUAUUAAAAGGUGCAAUGCUUCCCUCAUUACAAAAGAAAAAAAAAAUCACAAACAUAUCACACUGUGGAUACUACCUUAACCAAUGACAGAAGCCUACUGAAUUUUGUCUUUCUCACAGGGGCAGGUAGUCCAAAAGAACUUGCAAGCAUUGGUGAAAACUCAGCCUCAGCCGCUGCAUGGUUACAGGCAAAAAUCAUGCAUUUUCCUCAGUGGGUGCAAUGGUGAAAAUAAACUGGCUUUUGAAAUGUUCAUGUUCACUUUUCCAGUGGAACUUCUGUUACAAUUUGUUUUGAUAAGGGGGGGGGGGGAAAUACCAAAACUAUUGCCUUGCAUGAUGCCGGUGGCUUGCUGUUCUGUCUAGCUGAUCCUAAAUUUUUAUAGACAUCCUGCAUGUCUGAGACACACCAAGGAGGACCAUGGCAUCAUUCCAUCUCAGGGCUUCUUGUCCCUUUGGGUGUCUUAGGGUAGACAUAGUGAUCCGAGGCCCAAUCUUGCUAUCUGCAAACAAAAGGAAAAUUAAUCCCUCAACCAACCCUUGUACAAGGAGAUUGAAUUGUUUUCAUUGCUUGCAGCUUAAGUGCCAUUAUUGCCAUUUAAAAAAAAUAAUACUUAAAAGAAGUAUUUGAAAGAUUUCACUUUCAUGUGUGGGUGUUCCUUUAUUCCGAAAGCAUCACUUAUUUUCCUUUGCUCCUUUCUCUCCUCGCACCUGCUAGUCACUAAAAUUGGAACACCGCUGGGAUUGAUUGUUUCUAGGCAAACAGUAACCAACACGUGGUGAUAAUUAUGAUUGUUCCAUGAGGUUAGAACAUCCAGUGAAGGAAAAGGGGGGAGUGGCGAGUCAUAGGUUUGGAGAGGAAGAGUCUAGUGAAUUUUAUCAGAAAGGAAAAACGUGUACGAGGCCAACCAUCCUGUGUGUGCCUCAGCCUUUUUCAGAGUUGGCUGGCCAUUAUACUGGUUCAAACUUAGCUAUUUGUGCCACGCACUAAGCAUUUGGACCUGGCACACUGGGAAGUUGCUGGUUAUGGGCCUCCAGGGUCGGUGCCACUGUUUGCAGAUGUCAAAUAACUAAUACACAGAGUAGAUUAUCACAAGAUCACAGGACUAGCAGAGACUUCCAGAAACCAUCUAAUGCUUUCUGGACUUUCAGGGAAAAGUAUACCCACCACAUCCUUGACUACUGGAACCACGGCAGACCUCUUCCCGCCCAUUUCCCCAA